UGCGCUGUCGUACCAAAGUGGGAGUGCUGAAGCACGAGACGCUUUUAGUGUUAGGUGCAUGCACCGGGGAAAUAAAAAAUGCUAAAUAUUUAGGUUAUAUAAAUGGAAUAUCUAUGUUGAGCUCUGUCAGUAGACACCAGGAAACCAUUCAGGAUUGACACCUAACUAAAACAUGUUUUUUUUUUAACGAUUCUACGUGUCAUUCGUUGAAGAGUCGCGUUUUCCGGAAUUAAGACUAUUGAGGGUUUUUUUGCAGCUCUCCAUCACAAGUGUCUCUCCUAGAGAACUAUUCUACCGGGAGAACAGCAUCCAACAGACAGAGGCCACCAGUAUCUUAUGGUGCUCAGGGAUAUAGAGUCAGUGACCGACCCAGGAAAAUCCUCCUCCAAGAAAUAGAACUUACUUUUACAGCUAUGCCCAACCUGCAAAAUGCCAACACUUCCUUCAGUUCCAGGCAGGAACUACUGGAUCUCCAUGAUGGGUCAACUCCUGGCUCCCUGGAUGGUCACGAUACAGCAGAGAUCCAGGAUGUUUCCCCAGAAGGUUUCAGCCCUGAUAGUUUAAGUACAGUCAACCAGAAAAUUGACACUGUGUCUCUAGGAGAAGGUUUCAGGGAAGAGACAGGUGGUUCAUAUGGGGUCAAGUUUGUCCCUACAGAUUCUGAGCAUCUCUGUGGCUGGGGGGCCCUGACACCUCAGUGCAUCCAAGCCUUCAACACACCCCGCUGGGUGCUCUUCUUCCUGUGCGUGGCCUCCUUCCUUCAGGGGAUGAUCAUCAAUGGCUUCAUCAACACGGUGAUAACAUCCAUCGAACGGCGCUUUGACCUGCGCAGCUACCAGACCGGCCUGAUCGCCAGCUCCUAUGACAUUGCCGCUUGCAUUUGUCUGACCUUUGUCAGCUACUUUGGAGGUACGGGCCACAAGCCCAAGUGGCUUGGCUGGGGUGUGCUGAUCAUGGCCCUGGGCUCUCUGGUUUUUGCCCUGCCGCACUUCACCACCCCCACAUACCAGGUUAGCAUGGCGGAGCAGACCAGCCUGUGCUUGAACAACAGAACCAGUCCUUGCCAUGAGAGCAGCAGCAGCUUGUCUAGCUACAGAUUUGUCUUCAUGCUGGGCCAGUUCCUGCAUGGUGUGGGGGCCACACCGCUCUACACCUUGGGUGUUACGUACCUCGAUGAGAAUGUCAAAUCCAGCUACGCACCAGUCUACAUUGGAAUUUUUUACACGGCAGCCAUAGUGGGACCUGCUGCUGGAUACUUGCUGGGGGGAAUCUUCCUUAACAUGUAUACGGAGAUCCACCAGACGACUGAACUGACCCCAGAAAAUCCUCUCUGGGUGGGGGCAUGGUGGAUUGGUUUCAUCCUGGGAGGUAUUGCCGCACUCGUCAUCGCCCUCCCUAUUCUGGGAUAUCCACGGCAACUGCCAGGUUCUCAGCGUUAUGUGGCUAUGCGUGUAUCGGAGGCCCAUCAGAUGAAGGACGGGAGCCAGGAGAGGGCGGCCGAUCCACAGUUUGGGAAGACGGUGAAAGACAUGCCCAGGUCAGUAAUGCUGCUGUUAAAAAACCCCACGUUCAUUUUCCUCUGUUUCGCUGGAGCCACGGAGGCCACCCUCAUCGCAGGCAUGUCCACCUUUGGGCCCAAAUUCCUGGAGUCUCAGUUCAGCCUCAGUGCGUCUGAGGCGGCGACCUGGUUUGGCUACAUGGUGGUGCCCGCAGGCGGGGGUGGCACCUUCCUGGGCGGGUACUUCGUCAAGAAGCUCGGCCUACGCUGCCGCGGCAUCAUCCGCUUCUGCAUGCUGUGCGCCGUUGUCAGCCUGCUGGCCAUAUUCAUCUUCCUCAUGCACUGCCCCAAUGUGCCCAUGGCCGGUGUGACCACAGCCUACCACACCAGCCCUCUCCAAUACCAGAACCAGUACCUCACCAUGUUCCAGGACUCCAAAAACAGGUCCCAGCUGACGGUGAACCUUACGGUGGGGUGCAAUUCUGGAUGUCACUGUACAGAACAGCUGUACAACCCGGUGUGUGGAUCCGACGGGAUCAUGUACUACUCCCCCUGCCAUGCUGGCUGCGCCACCAUGAACAACUCACAGAGCACCACUGACCGACAGCUGUUUUCCAGCUGCAGCUGCAUAAUGGGAAAUACGACUAUGGAGGAGGGGUUUGCCCUCACGGGAAAGUGCAGCUCCUCAUGCCAGCAUAUGUCUGUCUUACUCGUCUUCCUCUUCAUCGUCAUUUUCUUCACCUUCCUCUGCAGCAUCCCUGCCCUCACUGCCACCCUCAGGUGUGUACCAGACAGUCAGCGUUCUUUUGGAUUGGGCAUUCAGUGGAUUGUUGUGCGGACGCUUGGGGGAAUCCCAGGCCCCAUAGCUUUUGGAUCCAUGAUCGACAUCUCCUGUAUCCUGUGGCAAGACCAGUGUGGAGAACAGGGUUCCUGCUACCUCUACCAGAACUCCGCCAUGAGUAGCUACACACUUGCUGCAGGGGUCAUUUAUAAGGUUCUAGGAACAGCUUUCUUCCUGCUGGCAUGCAUUCUAUACCAUCCCCCUCCAGAGUCCCCGCAGAGCAGCUGUGAGAGUACAGACCACGGCCUGGGGGACCCUGCCGACCUCCCCGUGAAGGAAGUUCCCAAGGAGAUGAUCUCCAAUGUAAACGCAAAGCUCUGAUGUCAUUCUCUCACUGCUUGCCCACAUGUUAGCUGUGUCUGCCUUGAUUUGCUAGCCUCUUCAUUGGGCUGGGUGUGUUCCACCACCUCAUACAACCCUAAAUCGUCAUAUUUCAACCAACACUGGUACGGAGUCAGGCACCAUUUCCACUGAGACUUCCCUAUGGCUCCUAGAUGUGACUGCAGACACCCAUUUAUGGAAGCCAGUGUACAGCUGUAAAGCACAUGGUUACAAGCCUCAUCCCCAAAAUCCAGGGGAUCAACUUGGAACAGAAAGAGAAUGAGAUUAAGGGUGGGAAAGCGACAAAUUAAAGCUAGAAUAGAUAUUUGGUUAACUACUACAUCUCAUCGUAUCUACUAACCUAGUGAAAAUGACUGCAUUGUUCAUUAGAGAGGUUUUUAGGGCUUAUUGAUAUUGAUUAGUUUAUUAAUUUGUUAUAUGACUGUACAUAGUUUAAUUCAUUUUAAUAUUUUCUUGAACUUCAUAGGUAGGGAUUUUAUAUAAACUUUAGUUUAUAUGACAAGGACUGCAAGUGGUGUAAAGAAUGAAACUGAAAGUGAAACAGGUAUUUUUAAAUGUUCUAUGUUUGUCUGUUUGCAAGGGUUAUUGUGAGCUGUUAAGGUAUGGGGGAUAUGUUUUUUUCUGGAACGCACAUUUUAAAAAGAAAGUUAUUUUGGAAGCUCUUCACUGGAGAACUCCACAUAGGUGGGUCUAGAAAAGAAUUGCCCCCUUCAAAAUAUUCAUUUUGUUGCUUUGCAGCCUGAAAGGAAGACAUACAAAAAUGUUUUCCAGCUGUAUUUACUCAAUGAAACUUAACAGCAGUGAAAGAUAUCAUAGCAACAGUUCAGAAAAAAAUUUAAUAAAAAAACAAUCACUGAGAUGGUUAAAGGAUCACCUCCCUGUGUCAGUACUUUGUGGAACUACCUUUUGCUUUGAUUACAGCCAUGAGUCUGUUGGGAUACUUCUCUACCAACUUUGCACAUAUUGACUGCAAUAUUUGCCCACUCUUCUAUACAGAACUGUCCAAUCUCAGUCAAAUUGGAAGGUGACCGAUUGGUGCUUUGCAAUCUUCAAGUCAAUUCACAGCUUUGCCAUAGGGUUUAAGUCUGGGCUCUGACUGGCCACACAAAGAUAUUCAAGUUUUUUCCUUUAGCCACUCUGUGGUCGACUUUGCUCUGCUUUGGAUCAAUGUCAUGUCGGAAGGUGAACCGUUUUUCUGCCACAAUUUGGUGGCAGAGGGCAGCAGGUUUUCCCUCAAGAAUUUGAGGGUAUUUUGCCCUAUCCAUUUUUCCUUCUAUCUUGACAAGUGCCCCAGUCCCUGCUGCAUACAGACACCCUCAAACAGGAUGCUGUCACCGCCAUGCUUUACUGUAGGUGUGGGGUCUUUGGAUAGCAAGCUGUGUUGACUUUCUGCCAGAUAUACCGUUUGGCAUUGAGGCCAAAUAGGUCGAUCUGACCAUAACUCCUUUUUCUAUUUGGUCACAGAAUCUUCAAGGUACAUUUUGACUAAGCUCAGUCAAGAUUUCUUGUGGCCUUUCUUCAUCAGUGUUUUUUUUUACUCUCCCAUUCAAGCCACUUUUCUGGAGCAUUUGUGAUAUUGUGUCACAUGCACACAAUGGCCACACUCUUUGCCAAAAAUUCCCGCAACUGCUUCAAAGUUGCCAUAGGUGUCUUGGUAGCCUCUCUAAUCAGUUUCCUCCUCAGUCUUCCAUCCAGUUUGGAGGGACAGCCUGAUCCAGUAACGGUCCUAGUCGUACCCAAAACUUUACUGUUCUUGGUUAAGGACAUUACUGUGCUUCUAGAGAUUUUUAAAGCCUUUGAAUUUUUUUUAUGUACCUGUCCACAGCUUUACGCCUGACAUCUUUUGAAAGUGUCUUGCCACCCAUACUUGAUUGUUUGCUGUCAUUUGCAUUUACAAGCGCUGGACUGAAUAGCCAUUUUUAUGCUGAGCUCAUCAGAAUAAUUACAGUUGAUCACAGGUGGAAGUCAUUUAGCUUGGUGUGCAAUGGACAAGGUGAUUAGUUACACCUGAUUUAGUUUAUUAUGAGGAGGAUGAUCCUUUAACCAUCUCAGUGAUUGGGUUUUUUAUUAUUAUUUUUUUCUGUCUUUCACUUGUCUGUUAUUAUAAGUUGCAUUGAAUAAACACAGCUGGAAAAGUAUAUUUUUUGUAUGUCUUCACUUCAGGCUGCAAAGGAACAAAAUGUGAAUAUUUUGAAGGGGGCUGAUCUUUUUUCAGUACACACUGUAUGAAACACAUGCACUUAAAUCCGAUUUUCUGCAGGUGUGCUAACUCACCAAAGUGCAUAUUUGAAAUGCCACAUAAAUACAGUAGCUGUAGGAUGAACAAGAGGGAAAGAUGACAACAGUCUGGGGUGUAUAGACUGAAGCUAGGGGCACCAGAAACAUGCAAAGAAUGUGACAAGUCAGCUCUGAACAGCAGAGUCUGUGCCACAGCAAUUCGUCAGUGUUGCCCUGUGAUAGGACCAUAAGAGCUCGUCAUUCAAAGCUCCAUUAUGAAACAUUCAUUAUAAUAAUCAUGGUAAUCACACAGUUGUAUUUCUGUAUCCAUUCACAAAGCUUUUUUGUAUCAAUUUAUCAUAUAAGUAUUAUGUGAAGAGUUCUUUACAUUUAUACAAAAGUGACCAAAAUGUAGGCAAAUGUAUGAGCAGUUCACACCCUGUUUUCAUUACUAUUUAUUUAUUUCUGGACCCCUUUUAAUUUGAAUUUCUGUAGUGGACUGGUAUCCCAUCCACAGUGCACUACAGCUUUGUACCUUUACUACCUGGUAUAGACCUCAGCAGUCAGAAGAUGGAUGGGUGAAUGAAUGGAUCGAAGUUGUGCAUUUUUUAUAUAUAUAUUAAUGCCUGUUAAAACUGGCAAGAAAAAAAAUAUAUGGAACAAUUAUCUUCAACGACAGUGUAGUGUAGAGUUACAGGAUCUAGUGUUGUGAUAGGUGCUUUUCAGUGACCUUUAUGCACUAAAAGGCUUUUUAAAAGGCUUUAUUGAAAUUUCAGUAACAAAAUGAACUGCUGUUUGCAUCGUACUCUCACCUACUCGGCUGGUUUUUAUGCUGAUAUUUGCAACAUGUAUGACGUCACUAAAGUUUAAAAUGCUAUUUCUCCAACUUGCAUCCAAUUUGCAUCAAUAUAUUACAUAAUGUAAAAAAAGACAUACAAUUAUGUAUGUCUACGUAAUAUUGUUUCCUGUUUAAAUUUACUAAUGUUUUUCAUGUCUAAAGAAAGCAACAAUUUAUAUCAAGAUGCUCCUCACUUUAUGAUGGUUCCACUUGCCAAAAAUUCCUGUUGCAAUGGUGUGAUAGCGAUGCAUAGUAAGUAGUCAUAAAACUUUGAAUUUUGAUCUGAUUCUAGCGAUAUACCAUUUUACACUUUCUACUGAUGCCUGGCAAUACCAGCAGCCUUGCCUUUAACAACGUAUUGUAGGAUGCCUUUUUCUCUGUUUAACCAGAUUAUAUAUGCAGUAUUUUCUACUUACAUUCUGAUGAAUCCAUCAUAUGUCGAGGAGCAUCUGUAUCCACAAAAUUUUAGAGCUUUUUCAACUUGGCGAGACUCGAAGUGACUGAAUGACUUGUAUAUUAGUACCUAGAGCCAGAUUUCUGCUUUGGGGUCCAGAAUCCCAGUGUCAUAUAUUAGUCUCAUUAUAGUACAACUCUUUCAUUUUAUUUUGCACGUUAACUUAUUCAACCUGUUGCCAAAUAUUUGUCUUUCCAAUGUAUUGUUGUUUUAUUUAAGAUUUUAAAGGGCUUUACUGAUUAACUGUUAUCUGUUCCAUAUUUUGAUACUGCUUCAUGUUGUCCUUUUUGGUACUUUUUAAAGUGAACUGAAUAUUAUGAUCAAAGAAUGAAGACCAAAAUUGUAAUAUUUCCCCCCCAAAGAAACAUAAAUAACCAUGUCACUGUAA